ACGAUAUUAUUUGGAAUUUGUCAGUUGAUAGUAAUCAUUGCAUUGACAGUUGCGUCGUCAGUUAUUUAAUAAUAUUAAAUUUAAAAUGUCGUGGUUUAUAAUUAAUUCUGAGCGUGAUGGUCAACUUUUAGUAGUGGAUAACUUUAUACACCGAUUGGAUAGAAUACGAGGUUCUAACCACUAUUAUAAAUGUAUCGACAAUUGUGGAGGUCGAGCAAUAUACAGAGACAAUUCAAAUAAUGUUAUAAUGUCAAAAAUGCAUGGACAUCCGUCACAUGGAAUCCAAUUGGCUGAACGUGGUUUUCGGAAUAAGCUUAAAGAUGAAGUGGUAAUGAAUCCCACAAAAACUAUACCACAGGCAUUUAAUGAAAUCCGAAGAUCAAUGAUGGCUUCAGGAAUAGAAGGCUCUACGGAAGCCGAAGUAAAUGAUGCUAUACCAAUUUAUACUAGUGUAAAAAGUUCGGCAUACAGAAAACGUAUGAAAUUAAUGCCAACGUUACCCAAAAAGCUAUCUGAAUUAAAUAUUGAAGGUGAUUGGCGAUCAACGAAUGAUGGAAAAGAUUUCCUUUUAGGAUGCGAUGACACUGAUAAUAAAAUCGUUAUUUUUGGUACCGAAGGAUUUUUACGUCGUCUUUGUUCUGGUAAUAUAGUUUUUAUGGAUGGCACUUUUAAAUCGGCACCGAAAUUAUUUACACAAAUUUAUACCUUACACUGCUUUGUUGUAGGAAUGAUGAUACCUCUAGCUUACGCAUUAUUGCCCAAUAAAAGUACAUCAACAUAUUCAAGGAUGUUUGAAAUGAUAAAAGAAGCGGCAAUAAAAAUUGGAUUAGAGUUUAAUCCUGCUUGUUUCCAAAUAGAUUUUGAAAUUGGAAUGAUCGUCUCCAUUCGACAGUGCUUUGGUUUUGAUAAACCCAUAAAAGGGUGCUUAUUUCACUUUGGGCAAUCUAUUUGGCGUAAAGUUCAAAGUUUGGGAUUAGCUUAUGAUUAUACACAUGACGAUAAUAUUAAAAAAGUUGUUCGUCGUCUUUGUUCAUUAGCCUUAGUUCCGAUUGAACUAAUUGAUAAUUGUUGGACAGAAAUUCAUAGUGAAGCACCACAGUCAGAAAGUAAAUAUAAUUUUUCACUUAUGGCAUUAAUGAAGUCGAAUCGAGAACAAUGUGUUUUCACUGAAGAUGGUUUUAUAUAUUUAUUUGACAAACUAAGUGCUGACUCGCUUAAACGAUUUUGGCGGUGUAAAUACAAACGUGAGUGUAAAGCACGAGUUCAUACUGGAAUCGACAGUUUAGACGUACUAAAACGCAUUAAUGAACAUACUCAUGAUUCUGAGGCUGCAAAAGUCGAGGCGACGGUUGCUAUCAAUCGUCUGAAAAAUAGAGCGGCUGAAACCAUGGAACCUACAUCAACCGUAAUAAAUGAAUGUAUUUCUGGAUUAUCGGAAGCGGCUAAG